CUUUAUGUGCUUCUGGAAGUGCAGUUCAAUGCGCUCACUGAAAAAACGCUGCGUGAAGUGCUGAAACAGACGAAAAGCCGACGAAUAAAAGCGAAGAAAGAGCGCAGUUUUGCACUUUGA